AUGGCGCGCCCAGACCGGCGCGUGAAUUUAGCUGUAGCUAGAGUUAUUCCUGUGGUCUUGCUAGGCGCAGUGAUCUAUGCUUCCUAUGCUAUCACCAAACCACUAUGCAUCGACUACCUCCUCCAUCCUCUUCCGAAGUAUGAUCGUCGUCCUCGAACUGGUGCUGGUAUCGCCAUCAUUGUGAUAUACUACGUACUUCUCUUUCCGGUCGUCGCGACAUACAUUCGACUUCUAUAUAAUGUCAUUUGGAACCCCGGGUUACUGCCUCGAAAGUCCCCACCUGCCCCGACUUCGCAAGGCGCCGAACGACCGCAUAGCCGUCGACGAGAUAGCCAAGGACGGAGACGGAGUCAUGAACCAGCGAGGUCAACCGAGAAGUUCGAAGGUGCCGGCACCGACGUCGAACAGGGACUAGAGUAUAAUGCCGGAAGUCCGGCCUUCCAGAUAGACCUGGCGGGGCUGGAAAACUUUUACAAGAAAGAUGUUUUCGUUUGCCAGCCGGAUGGACGGCCUCUCUAUUGCUCUACGUGUUGCCAUUAUAAACCAGAUCGCGCGCAUCAUUGUCGCGAGGUGGACCGGUGUGUCCGGAAGAUGGACCACUUUUGUCCAUGGGUCGGAGGUGUUGUCUCUGAAACAUCGUUCAAAUUCUUCAUUCAAUUCGUCUUCUAUACUAUGGUUUUUUGCCUAUUUUGUUUAAUCGUGUGCGCGUACUUUGUCGCCGAGAUAAAACGAGACAGUGGCUCUGUUAAUCCCCAUUGGGCUGUUGGUAUUGGACUGAGCGGUCUUUUUGGAUUAUUCACUUUUGGCAUGACCUUAAGCUCCUUACAACUGGGCAUGUUUAACCUCUCCACAAUCGAGAACAUCAAUCGCCAUUCGGCUGUCUGGACCCUAGCCAUCCGCGUGCCCAAUCACGUCCUGGCAAAACUUCAUCCGGAGACGCAAUGGGCUCCGACAUUUCGCACCAUCACAUACCCUCUCCCAUCCAUGCCUCCUCAUGCUGAACCCGGCACAGAAUACCAGCACUAUCCGCCGCCUACAGAGCAGCACGUGUUCGCCAUUCUCCAGACCCAACCCGGCGCCAAUCCCUUCGACCUAGGCAGUCCCAUCAAGAACCUUCAACAGAUCAUGGGCUACUCGCUGUUCGACUGGAUGCUUCCUCUUAAACACAGUCCCUGUGCGGACCACACGAACCAAGAAAGCACCUUUGCAUUUGGUCCUGUGGUCUCAAGGCUCAAACAGGACGCGGGACUCGAUUCCUCGAUCGAGACCGAGGACGAGCUAGCAGAGCAAAGACCGAAACAUAAACGAAAACGACGAAAACAUAGACGUCGAGAGUGA